AUGUCGGCUUCUCGCAGUUCUCCGACUCAACCCUCCGCUGGUAAUCCUCCUAGCUCGCAUAGCCGGCUCUCAAGUGACAUGAAAGGUCGAGCACCCCUCCCGGUUCCCCCCGGAUCGCAGCAGCUCCAAAACGGCCAUUCUCGCAAUCCCUCCGGCUACGACAUGGCUGCCCGCAGUCCUCCAAAUCAAAGCAGUGAGCCUUCCAACACGAAGCAUGUGCCCUGCAAGUUCUUCCGUCAAGGAGCCUGCCAGGCUGGACCUGCUUGCCCCUUCCUUCACUCCACAGAUGCCGCGAUCGAGUAUGCUCCCUGUAAAUACUUCACAAAGGGUAACUGCAAGUUCGGGGCAAAAUGUGCACUUGCUCAUAUUCUGCCCGAUGGACGACGAGUCAACAGGCCUAGUGGUGGGGGAAUGGGGAUGGGUGGCAGUCAUCUCAAUCUGGGCGGCCGGGUCAAUCCUCAGGCGUAUGUCAACCAAGAUUCCGCACUGACCAACUCUGUUCUCUCGCAACAACGCAUGAACGGCCAUGACCCCAGAUAUGUCUCUCAGCUCCCUUCGCAAGAGGAAUUCGCCGCCCUACACCCGCAGCCGCAGCCGCAGCCCUAUGAUACCAUUCCCUCGAUUGACACCGGGCUAGCCUCCGACGGCGGCUCCAAGUACGGCUCACCGGUUGAAGAGCUACGGUUUCCCAUGUCCCCAAAUCACAGCCAGUAUUUAACUGCCCUCGAUGCGCCGCUUCCCGCCUCUUUUGAUAGCCAGGGAAUAUCCCAUGCCGCUCGUUAUGGUCCAGUUGCCGCUUCCGUGCCUUCCAGGUUUGGCUUAGAUCUGGCCUCCCCACCUGCACAGAGAACAAACCCGCCGCGAACCUUCCGCGAACCUUCUUGGGGCGCUGAUAUGAAGAAGCCUGCGUCUUCGUUUAUCGGUUCGUCGCCCCCUGGUACGCUUGAGGAUGGAAUUGGGUCGCGAUUCUUGCAUUCGCAACGACCUGUGAAAUCGCGGAUGCUCUCCGCGAGUGUUCCCCGUCCAAACGCUCUGGGCGACUGGGAGGAUAGCAAUUUCCCCAUGGAAGAAGAUUAUCUGCCCAUGAACCUACAUGACGAUGUUCUCACUCCCCAGGAAAGACUUCGCCGUUUAUCUCGCACGGACAAUGAGCUGAGCUCUAGCCAUCGCGACCUCAGCGGGUUGGGCAUGAGCACCAGCUUUUCAAAAGUCAACUCUCCUCUUGCCUCGAGUCCGUCUCGAUUUGGGGCGCUGUUCGCCAAGCAACGCCAGCAGAAGAAGGAGGAAGAGGCGCAUCAUGGAUCACUUACACACAUUGGGUCUCCUUUGCGGGAGUCAUCUUUGCACUUUGGUGGAAGCCCCAGCCUCGGCCCUAUUGGUAGUCCGCCACGGACAUCCUCAGCUUCUGUGAUCUCCCAGCAACUCAGCGGUCUGUCUCUGCACCCAUCUUCGGCGCGCCAUACUCCAUCAGUGGCUGCUAGCAGCCGCCCAGACCUCACGGUGUCGUCACCCGUCAGCACCAGCAAAAUCGAGGAGGAACAGGAACAGGGCGAGGGAGAUCUCGUCUUCUCUAUGGAGGAAGAAGACAGCAAUAAAAGAAGCAGCAACGAAGAAACCGCGUCAGCAGGAAAGACGUCUAGUUUACAGGUCUGA